AUGAGUGAGGAAAUCGAAUCACAUAUCCUAAGAAAAUACGAAAUUCUUCAAAAAUUAGGCAAAGGAGCUUAUGGGAUCGUAUGGAAAGCCAUUGAUAAGAAGACCCGUGAGGUUGUGGCGUUAAAAAAAGUUUUUGAUGCUUUUCAAAAUGCAACUGAUGCCCAGAGAACCUUCAGAGAGAUCAUGUUCUUGCAAGAACUCAAUGGACAUGAAAAUAUAGUGAGGCUUCUCAAUGUGAUAAGAGCUGAAAACGACAGGGAUAUUUAUUUACCCCAUUCUUUUAACAUUUAUUUAUAAAAUGAUUUUUUCUCAUUUUUUUUAUUUUUUUUUAACCAAAAAGAAUUAGUUUUUGACUUCAUGGAAACAGAUCUACAUGCAGUCAUCCGAGCAGGGAUUCUUGAAGACAUUCACAAACAAUAUAUAUGCUAUCAAAUUUUGAAAGCUUUGAAAUACAUGCACUCAGGCCAGCUUCUCCACCGUGAUCUCAAGCCUUCCAACGUUCUUCUAAACUCAGAAUGUCUCGUCAAAGUUGCUGACUUCGGUCUUGCCCGUUCAGUAGCAGCCCAAGAAGAAGGCUCCAACCCUGUUCUUACCGACUACGUCGCCACCAGGUGGUAUAGAGCCCCAGAAAUUCUUCUUGGUUCUACCAAGUACUCAAAAGCAGUCGACAUGUGAAGUAUGGGCUGCAUAAUCGGCGAAAUGCUUGCAGGGAAGCCCAUUUUCCCAGGAACCUCCACAUUAAACCAAUUGGACAGAAUUUUAGAACUAACAGGAAGGCCAACCCAAGAGGACAUUGACUCAAUCCAAAGCAACCUUGCCGCAACUAUGUUGGAAAGUCUGCCGCCAACCAGAACCCGAAGCUUCCACGAUUUCUUCCCAUCUGCCUCAGAUGAUGCAUUAGACUUAAUAAGAAGGACUCUUCAAUUUAACCCUCUAAAAAGACUGACUGUUGAGCAGGCCCUCAGACACCCUUAUGUGGCUCAAUUCCAUAACUCAGACGAUGAGCCUGCUUGUCCGAAUACUAUAAGAAUUUCUAUAGAUGAUAACAGAAAACUGACGAUAAGAGAGUACAGAGAUAGGAUUUAUGCUGAUAUUUCGAGAAAGAAAAAGGAAAUAAGAAGAAGACAUUUGAUGGCAAGAGGAUAUUAUAAGUAA